AUGGCUUCCACAACCGAAACUAAUCAACCCCGCUCCUCCGACCAACCCGCAACACAAUCAUCAGAAGCCCACCAACCUCGAGCCCCCAUUGACCCCUACCCCCCGCCCGCCGGGGGCACCUAUCCGCCAUCCAACAUGAGCUACGCGCACCCACAAGGAUACCCCACCGUAGCGCCCCCCUACCACGGGUACCACCCGAGCGCCUACAACCCUUAUUACGGGGACCCCUACUACACCACCACCUCCUACAACCAAGCUGACGAGGCCGCCAGCAGCUGCUUCCGGUGCUUCUGCAUCAUCAUGUUCCUCCUCGUCAUCUUCACCCUCCUUGCCAGCAUCGUCAUGUUUGUCGUGGUCCGCCCGGAAACCCCGGCCUUCAAGGUCGAGUCCUUUAGCGUCUCCAACUUCAACCUCGUCCCAGGGAGCAAAGUGCUCUCCGGGAAAUGGGAGGCCUCCAUCUACGUGGACAACCCCAGCUACAGGAUGAAGUUGGAGAUAGACAGGUGGGAGACCUCCCUGUACCACAAGGACAACUAUCUCGCGAUGGGCUCCGUCAUGCACUCCAUGAAUCUCGAAUCUCGGUCAAAAGGCACGAUGCACAUGAAGAUGGAGACGUACAAUACAACGGCGAGCAGCGCGGUAGAGGACAUGGAGAAGGAGCAGAAGGAGGGCGGGAACGUGAGCUUCAAUUUGAGGUUGACGCUUUCGUACGACAUGAAAGCCAGUGGUUUUUUGUAUAAUCACUAUAGUAACUACAGAAGUGGGACCCUCCGGGUGAAAUGCUCGGAUUUGAAGGUGCCGCUGCCGGCGGGGUCAAAUACUGGCAGCAUGCCCAGUGGGAGCUCGAAGGCAUGCGAUAUCUCCGAUGGUUUCUGAUUAUUUAGUCAUAGACGAGAAAUGGGUCGGAUAUUUUUUGUAUGGUCUCUCGGUCUCAUUUACUUUCUUCCCAUGUCUCCUCCAUAUGUGGGAAUUGUGUA